AUGUCCGCAGGUGGUGACUGUGGGAGCGGGUGUAGCGGCGGUAUGCGCGUGGUGUUGGCGGCGCUGACGGCGCUGGCGGCGCGCGCGCUCGCCGGGCCUCAUGAGCACCGCGCGCGGCACCACGCACCCGAACACCCCCUCCACUUCCCCGCGCCCGCGAACCCCCCGCAGCCCUACCGAGGCCACGGCGAGGCCGUUCGCUACAACCCCGAACUCGACACCAUCCUACCCCGCAUAGAGGAUCAUGAAACCUCCUCCAAGCGAGCUAAAGUAGAAGACGCGGAGACUUCAUCCAAACGAGAUGACGACCGCUUCUACUCCAACCAUGAGCGAACCGAAGGUGAUGAGUUCAUGGCUGACGAUCCCCAGCUAGGACCAGAGGAUGACGAUCCACUCAUCGUCCGCACUAGGAAGGGAAGAGUCAGAGGUAUCACUCUCACCGCCGCUACAGGCAAAAAAGUAGAUGCCUGGUUCGGUAUACCCUACGCGCAGAAACCCAUAGGCGAUCUGCGAUUUAGACACCCGAGACCUGUUGAAAGCUGGGGUGCUGAAAUACUCAAUACGACGACACUGCCACAUACAUGCGUCCAAAUUAUAGAUACGGUGUUUGGAGAUUUUCCCGGUGCAAUGAUGUGGAAUCCCAAUACAGAUAUGCAAGAAGAUUGCUUGUAUAUUAAUAUAGUAGCACCUAGACCCAGGCCUAAAAACGCGGCCGUCAUGCUGUGGGUGUUCGGGGGUGGUUUUUACUCCGGAACUGCAACUUUGGAUGUAUAUGAUCCAAAAAUUCUUGUUUCGGAAGAAAAAAUUGUGUACGUAUCCAUGCAGUACCGAGUUGCCUCUUUAGGAUUUCUCUUCUUUGAUACCCCCGAUGUACCUGGUAAUGCUGGAAUGUUUGAUCAGAUUAUGGCAUUGCAGUGGGUAAAAGAUAACAUAGCUUACUUCGGUGGUAAUCCACAUAAUAUUACUUUGUUUGGUGAAUCAGCGGGGGCAGUUUCAGUUUCGUUACAUCUUCUAUCACCUCUUUCAAGGAACUUAUUUUCACAAGCUAUAAUGCAAUCAGGAUCUGCAACGGUGCCUUGGGCUAUAAUAUCUAGGGAGGAGAGUAUUUUAAGAGGCACACGCUUAGCAGAAGCUGUUCAUUGUCCACAUUCAACAAAAGACAUGGGUCCCAUGAUCGAGUGUUUAAGAAAGAAGACCGCCGACGAACUUGUAAACAAUGAGUGGGGUACAUUGGGGAUUUGCGAAUUCCCAUUUGUUCCAAUAAUUGAUGGAUCUUUCUUAGACGAAAUGCCAAUAAGAUCCUUAGUUCAUCAGAACUUCAAAAAGACAAAUAUUUUGAUGGGUUCAAAUACAGAAGAGGGGUAUUAUUUUAUUCUCUACUAUCUCACAGAACUUUUCCCUAAAGAAGAGAAUGUUGGUAUCACAAGAGAACAGUAUUUGCAAGCAGUGAGAGAAUUAAAUCCUUAUGUAAGUGAUGUUGGGAGACAAGCUAUCGUGUUUGAGUAUACCGAUUGGCUAAAUCCUGAUGACCCUGUAAAGAACCGCAACGCAUUAGACAAGAUGGUUGGGGAUUACCACUUCACGUGUGGAGUUAACGAGUUCGCUCAUCGAUACGCUGAGACUGGGAAUAACGUUUACACUUAUUACUAUAAGCAUAGGAGCAAGAACAAUCCGUGGCCUUCGUGGACGGGGGUUAUGCAUGCAGAUGAGAUAAACUACGUAUUUGGAGAACCACUGAACCCCGGUAAAAAUUAUUCUCCUGAAGAAGUAGAAUUCAGCAAGCGCUUAAUGAGAUAUUGGGCCAAUUUUGCUAGAUCAGGAUAUUAUAAAAAUAUCAUGACACUCGAUAUUGAUCGCUGA